AUGUUCUCACGCAUGAAGCGAAUAACAGCUUCUGUUGGAGCUCUGCCUGCCCAUUUCAUACUUGCAGCCCUGCAAAGCUUCUUGCUCUCGCAGAAUUGUGUUUCAGACACAUGUAUUUUCGUGGUCGACGAGGGAAGGCCUCAUGUGGAUGUAGAGGGAAUGAUUGGUUGUUUCACCAGAAUUACUCCCGUCCGGUUUUCCAUUAGGUGGAACAGUAUCCUAACCUUCGAGGCUCUACUUCAAAAUGCUAAAGAAUCUGCAACUGAGGCCAUGGAACAUACAGACGUGGAUAUUGCACGGAUUGAAAGACAUGGCUGCAUCUCUCCUGGAACCAGAGAAAGCUCUACAAUUACGCAGGCUGCCCUUCAGUAUGAGAACUAUAACCAGUUUGGGACUUUCCAAGCCGCGGACUUCGAUAUGUCUGUACAGGACCACAUGCUACUGCCAUUGCACGUGCCUAUUUUCUUGAAAGCUAUUGAAGUGGGUGAAGAAUUGAUGCUUUUGAUGGAUUGUUCGCUAUUUAGUAUUCCUCGUCCGACUGAUGCAAAUGGGUUUCUGGAGUCGUUCGUGAGUCAUCUCUCAUCAUUGAUUCGUGAUCAUCGGCAGCCUGUGAUGCCUUAA